AUGGACAAGACGAUGAACCAGCAGGAGUACGUGACAGUCAAAGGCGAGCGUUACGACACCAAGCGUCCGAAAGAUUCGGAGAUCUUCGCAGGUGACGGGUCCUUCACCGACAAGACAAUAAAUCAGCAAGAAUUUGUAACUGUGAAGGGAGAGCGUUACGACACCAAGCGUCCGAAGGAUUCCGAAAUCCUCAAAGGCGAUGGCUCGUUCAUGGACAAGACGAUGAACCAGCAGGAGUACGUGACAGUCAAAGGCGAGCGUUACGACACCAAGCGUCCGAAGGAUUCCGAAAUCCUCAAAGGCGAUGGCUCGUUCAUGGACAAGACGAUGAACCAGCAGGAGUACGUGACAGUCAAAGGCGAGCGUUACGACACCAAGCGUCCGAAGGAUUCUGAAAUCCUCAAAGGCGAUGGCUCGUUCAUGGACAAGACGAUGAACCAGCAGGAGUACGUGACAGUGAAAGGUGAGCGCUACGACACCAAGCGUCCGAAGGAUUCUGAAAUCCUCAAAGGCGAUGGUUCGUUCAUGGACAAGACGAUGAACCAGCAGGAGUACGUGACAGUCAAAGGCGAGCGUUACGACACCAAGCGUCCGAAGGAUUCCGAAAUCCUCAAAGGCGAUGGCUCGUUCAUGGACAAGACAAAAGCGAAGCAGACCAGCCAAGGAUUUGAAGACGAUGAACCAGCAGGAGUACGUGACAGUCAAAGGCGAGCGUUACGACACCAAGCGUCCGAAGGAUUCCGAAAUCCUCAAAGGCGAUGGCUCGUUCAUGGACAAGACGAUGAACCAGCAGGAGUACGUGACAGUCAAAGGUGA